AUGCAUAGAAAAUUAACCAAUUUACUAUCCAAGUCUAAUUAAAAGCAACCAAUGAUGUCUCCUAAAAGCAAUUCAAGUACUGAUAUAACACAAUUUAAUGUUGUAUUGAUUUUCAUUUACAAUAGUUACAUAAAUAAAUUAUAAACAUUAUAGAAUGCAAAAAUAAAGAUGCUGAUAUUCAAAAAAUAAUGGAAACUAUAUAAUUAAUGUCUAAAGAAUUGGAAAAAGCUUCUUAAAGAGAAUUAGAAUUAGGAUAUAAAGAGCGUUAAUUAUAGAAGACAUUAUAGUUGUAUAAUUAAUUAGAAACAAGUUAUGAAGUUUUAAAAAAGAAGAAUGAAGACUUAGAAAUUUAAAAUAAAAAUCUUAAAAGUAAGAUAGAAGAAUUAAUACAUUAAAAUUAAUAAAAUUAUCAUAAAUAUUAAAUCUAAACAAAGUUAAGCGGUGAUUUAAAUUAGAAAGUAUCAAAUUUAGAACAAAGAUUAGAUAUUAUAUUAGAAUGUGAUUAUCCUACUGAAAAUGCAAUUAUUAGAAAAUCUUUAAUUGAUUUAGUUAAAGAAUGUGAAAAAUAAAAAAGAGAAUUACAACUUAAAAAUUAAGAAAUUAUUAAAUUGUAGGAAUAAAAUAAAUUUUCUCAAUCAAGAAUCAAUAAAUUAAAUUAGAAAUUAGAAAUUAUGAAAAAAAAGAUUUCAGUAAGAGAUAUGGAAAACAUAGCUUCUGAAAGAACAGAAACUAUUUCAUUUGAUGAUUUAUAAUAAGAUCCAACUUAAUUAUUAAUUAGAUAUUAACCUUGUGAUAAUUUAGAUUAUAGAAUUAAUGCAUUAAAAAUUGAAUUUGCAGAUAUUAUUAAAGAAUUAGAAGAAUAAGGAACUUCUUUAUUUACAUAAAAAAUGAUGCAAUCUUCUUAAAAAUAACUAAGAGAAUAAAUUUAAUUAAUUACUUCUUAAUAUUUAUCAUUCAAAGAUUUCUCUGGAAAAUUGAAUAUGAUGUUGAAAUAAUUGAUCUAAUUAUUCCAAAUUGAUAAUUUAUAAACAUAAUUGUAAUUUAUUGCUUAAAACUUUAAACAUAUUUUUAUGUGUUAGAAUACAAGAUUUUGGAUACUUGAUGCCUAAAUAGGAAUCCUAUAUACAAAUAAUAAUUAAAGAGCUAUUAUUAAUAAAGGAUCUUUUAAUGAAUUAAUAAGAUUAUUAAAGCCAAUACAUAAAAGAGAAUAUAAUUUGUUAUGUCAUACAAAUGAAAACAUUACUCUAUACACAAAUUAAUGUUUAUUGUAUCCAAUAUAUAAUCAAAAUUAAUAAUUGAUUGGAAUAUUAGAAAUAAGUAAUGCAGUUAGUGACUUCUUCUCUUUUGAUGAAGAAUACUUUGGUGUAAUAUUAGCUAAGUUUUGUGAGUUAGUAAUCUAAAAUUAUAUACAAAAUAGUUUAUUUUAAAUUACUUAAAAGUUUGAUUCAAUGAUUUAAUCAGCAUUUAAUGAACUUUUAAAAUGUAAAUCAAAAUUUGAAUUAUUUAAAACAAUAAGACAUUAAAUGGAAAUCAUAUUAACUGUUUAACUCAUUGCUUUCUAUUUUAUUGAAAAUAAUUAAUUUCUAACCUAUAAAACAAUAGAUUAUAGUUGGGAUGGCACAAAUCAUAAUAAAAUAUCCUCAAAAGGAUCUGUUCUUAAUUAACCAAUCCUUUUAAAUUAAAAAGGAAUUGCUAAAUUAGUAUGUGAUAGAAAAAAAGUAUUAAUAUUAAUAUUAUUAGGAAUUGAUAGUAAUGAAUACAAGAAAAUGCACAGAAUUUGAUGACACAAUUGAUAUUGAUUCUAUAUUACCUGUAUUAAUUCACCCUAUCAUUUGUGAAGAUUAAGUUAUUGCAGUAUUUGAAGUUCCUAUUAAAUCAAGAAAUCUCUUUAGAUAAGAAAGAGAUAAAAUUAUGAUAGGAAAUACAGAAACAUUAGGACCUGAUGUAAGUUUUGAGGUCUUAAUAAGAAGAAUAGAUUCCAUAUUUAUGAGUGCUAUUACAAUUAUGAAAUAAAAAUGAGUAUAAUAUUUUUUAAUAAAUUAAUAUUACAAAUUUAAAGAAUGAUUAUUGAACUUACAAAAGAAUAGUUAGCCUAUAUUAAAACAAGAUUACCAUUUGAUUAUUAUUUAAUGAGAGUAAUAAUCAAUUUAAUAAUAAGAAAGGUGAAUAAAGAUAAGAUAGUGAUGGUCUCAAUCCAAUAUAAGAGGAGGAGAGAAAUAAAUGUAUAAAAAUCCUUGAUGAUUUAAAAAGAACUGAUUAAUAUAAAUAGUUGACUAAUAAAGAAAUGAUAAAUACAUUCAAUAAAUAAUUUACUAGAUAAUUUAUGAAAAAUGAUGAAUAAUAUAAAAAAAUGAAAAAUGAACAAUUAAUCAAAAUGUAUAUUUUAAUUAUCAUAAAAUAGGACAAAUAUAAUAGCUAGAUUUUAUAAAGAUUUGAAUUCAUUAUUUAUAAGAAGUAAAAUAUUAUCAACUCAUUCUGAAUCAAUGAAAUUAGUUGAUGAAUUAGAAUAAAAAUUUAAAAUUUUAUUUGAACCACUUUAAAAAAAAUGUUAGGAGUAAAUGCAAAAACAUUUAUAACAAUUACUUAAUGGAGAAAUUAAAAACAAAAUAAUUAUUAAACAUAAACAACCUCAAAGCGAUUAAGAAAAGAAAGAUUUAUAUGAAAAAUUAAACAAGUUAUCUUCAAGUUCAUUAAGAUAAAUUCUAAAAUAUUUAAAUGUUAAAAAUUAAGGAGAAUUUCAAUUUGAUAUAGAAAAAUUAGACACUAUUUAAUUUAGAAAAUUAUAUUAAUUUGUAAAAAGAAGAACAGAAAGAAAAGCUUUAACUAAACAGUUAUAAAAAUAUUGCAAAGAUCAAAAUCUUGAUUAAGAUGAAUAUUCUUAUCAAUCCUUUUUAUCAGAUUCAAAUGAGUUAUUAUUAAAUUGA